AUGCUGGACGACACUAUGUACGAUAUUUACGAAUUACGCAAUAGUGCACGGUCGAAAAAAGCUGCUGCUGUAGCCUUAGCACAAACACAGACCUUGUCGAACGAGUCCACAAACCCACCCGGCAAAUGUUAUCAAGCGGGAAAGUUCUCAACGGAAAGUAUUGAUACCGUUAAUGAUGAAGAUUUUGCUGAACCGACCGCGGAGAACUUCAUGUGGAAUCUCACCGAUAUCGAAUAUGUCACUCAUGAUAUGAUAAGAACAAUCAGUCUCACUAAAGAUCUGCCGCUACCGAUUGCCAUCGAGCAUCAUCCGCCGGAUUUUUACCUGACCGCCGAUGCGGACAAGUUGGAAAAGCAACAACAUUAUGGUUGGCAGUCGUUACAAGCGAACACGUUCCUCUCGAAUGUUUUUGUGUUUGCCGGACAGAAAAGGAAAAGGAGCAUACACCAACCUUAA